AUGCAAAAGAAACGGACACAAAUAACAAUUAUAAUUUAUAAAUGCAUAUGGAUCAAAGCCUUAGAGAUACUUAAUGAGCGACUCAAUGUGAGACUCAUUGAGAGACUCAAUGAGAGACUCAACGUUAGACUCAAUGAGAGACUCAAAGUGAGACUCAAUGUAAGAGUCAAUGUGAGACUCCUUGAUAGAUUCAACGUGGGACUCAAUGUAAGCCUCAAUGUGAGACUAAACGCGAGACUCAAUGUGAGACUCCUGAACGAGAAACAAAACGAGAGACUCAAUGCGGGACUCAGUGAGAGACGAAACGGGAGACUUAACGACAGACUCAACGACAGACUCAACGACAGACUCAACGACAGACUCAACGACAGACUCAACGACAGACUCAACGACAGACUCAACGGCAGACUCAACGACAGACUCAACGACAGACUCAACGACAGACUCAACGGCAGACUCAACGACAGACUCAACGGCAGACUCAACGACAGACUCAACGACAGACUCAACGACAGACUCAACGGCAGACUCAACGGCAGACUCAACGACAGACUAAACGACAGACUCAACGGCCGACUCAACGGCAAACUCAACGGCAGACUAAACGACAGACUAAACGACAGACUCAACGGCAGACUCAACGGCAGACUCAACGACAGACUCAACGACAGACUCAACGACAGACUCAACGACAGACUCAACGGCAGACUCAACGACAGACUCAACGGCGGACUCAACGACAGACUCAACGACAGACUCAACGACAGACUCAACGGCAGACUCAACGACAGACUCAACGGCGGACUCAACGACAGACUCAACGACAGACUCAACGACAGACUCAACGACAGACUCAACGGCAGACUCAACGACGGACUCAACGACAGACUCAACGACAGACUCAACGGCAGACUCAACGACAGACUCAACGACAGACUCAACGACAGACUCAACGACAGACUCAACGGCGGACUCAACGACAGACUCAACGACAGACUCAACGACAGACCCAACGACAGACUCAACGACAGACUCAACGACAGACUCAACGGCGGACUCAACGACAGACUCAACGACAGACUCAACGGCAGACUCAACGACGGAUUCAACGGCAGACUCAACGGCAGACUCAACGGCAGACUCAACGGCAGACUCAACGACAGACUCAACGGCAGACUCAACGACAGACUCAACGACAGACUCAACGACUCAACGACAGACUCAACGACGGACUCAACGGCAGACUCAACGGCAGACUCAACGACAGACUCAACGGCGGACUCAACGGCGGACUCAACGACAGACUCAACGGCAGACUCAACGGCGGACUCAACGACAGACUCAACGACGGACUCAACGGCAGACUCAACGACAAACUCAACGGCAGACUCAACGGCAGACUCAACGACAGACUCAACGGCAGACUCAACGACAGACUCAACGACAGACUCAACGACGGACUCAACGGCAGACUCAACGACAGACUCAACGACAGACUCAACGGCAGACUCAACGACAGACUCAACGGCAGACUCAACGGCAGACUCAACGACAGACUCAACGGCAGACUCAACGACAGACUCAACGACAGACUCAACGGCGGACUCAACGACAGACUCAACGGCAGACUCAACACUCAACGGCAGACUCAACGGCAGACUCAACGACAGACUCAACGGCAGACUCAACGACAGACUCAACGGCAGACUAAACGGCAGACUCAACGGCAGACUCAACAGCAGACUCAACGACAGACUCAACGGCAGACUAAACGACAGACUCAACGGCAGACUCAACGGCAGACUCAACGGCAGACUCAACGGCAGACUCAACGGCAGACUAAACGACAGACUCAACGACAGACUCAACGACAGACUCAACGGCAGACUAAACGACAGACUCAACGGCAGACUCAACGGCAGACUCAACGGCAGACUAAACGACAGACUCAACGACAGACUCAACGGCAGACUCAACGACAGACUCAACGGCAGACUAAACGACAGACUCAACGGCAGACUCAACGACAGACUCAACGACAGACUCAACGACAGACUAAACGACAGACUCAACGGCAGACUAAACGACAGACUCAACGGCAGACUAAACGGCAGACAAAACGACAGACUCAACGAGAGACUAAACGGCAGACUCAACGGCAGACUAAACGACAGACUCAACGACAGACUAAACGACAGACUCAACGGCAGACUCAACGGCAGACUAAACGGCAGACUCAACGGCAGACUAAACGACAGACUAAACGGCAGACUCAACGGCAGACUAAACGGCAGACUAAACGGCAGACUAAACGACAGACUCAACGACAGACUAAACGACAGACUCAACGACAGACUCAACGGCAGACUCAACGGCAGACUCAACGGCAGACUCAACGACAGACUAAACGGCAGACUCAACGGCAGACUCAACGAGAGACUCAACGACAGACUCAACGACAGACUCAACGGCAGACUCAACGACAGACUCAACGGCAGACUCAACGGCAGACUCAACGACAGACUCAACGGCAGACUCAACGGCAGACUCAACGACAGACUCAACGACAUACUCAACGACAGACUCAACGGCAGACUCAACGACAGACUCAACGACAGACUCAACGGCAGACUCAACGGCAGACUCAACGACAGACUCAACGACAGACUCAACGGCAGACUCAACGGCAGACUCAACGGCAGACUCAACGACAGACUCAACGACAGACUCAACGACAGACUCAACGGCAGACUCAACGACAGACUCAACGACAGACUCAACGACAGACUCAACGACAGACUAAACGGCAGACUCAACGACAGACUCAACGUAAUACCUAAUAAGAGACACACGACUUUACAAGAAAAAAAACACGCAGCAUUCAACAAUCGUCACAAAUAA